ACGAGUGGAGCUCUCAGAUGCUGCUGGCCGACUCGUGUGUGGUCAACGAGCUGGUGUCGUCUGUCAAAGUGGAGGACGUUUCUGCUCACCACAUGCAGAACAUUCAGAACCCUGAUGGUUUUAUGGUACGUUUGUUCUGCGUUCAGGUGAAUGGUGAGGCUUUAGCUGCUGGCAUCGAGCUGGACGAGUGGAGCUCUCAGAUGCUGCUGGCCGACUCGUGGGUGGUCAACGAGCUGGUGUCGACUGAUCUCUCACAGACUGAGGAGAGAAACCUGAAGAAAGUGAGACGGAAGAUCCGGAAUAAACUCUCAACACAGGACAGUCGCAGGAGGAAGAAGGAGUAUAUCGAUGGUCUGGAGAGCAGAGGGGUGGCGUGUUCAGCUCAGAAUAAAGAGCUGCAGAGAACCGUCGAUCAGCUGGAGAAACACAAUGUGUCUCUUGUGGCUCAGCUGCACAGUCUGCAGGCUUUGAUCAAGCAGACGGCCAUUAAAGCUGCGCAGACGAGCACAUGCAUCAUGAUCCUCAUCUUCUCUCUGGCUCUGCUCAUCUUCCCCAGUUACAGUCCGUUCAGCCGCCGCUCGCCGUCAGCGGAGGACACUUACGCUCCGGCCGCCGUGAUUUCCAGAAACAUCUUGAAUGAGGCGGAGUCUCUUCCGCUUCUGGAGGAUCCCGGAGAAGACGAUCCGAUGUCUCCAGAGCCUCAGUCAGAACCCAGACCUGCAGACGCAGACGCAGACGCAGACGCAGAUGGGCCGCAGCAGACGCAGGAUUGGGCUCGAGAACAGAGGAACGGCUCGGCCGCGAGCGACGCAGACGCAGACACAGACGCAGAUGCUCUGUCUGUGGGGUUAAGCGCUCCGGUGGCUGCAGGAAUCGCAGACGCAGCCAAACCGCCGCAUGCUGAUGAAAUGUGAGGCGACUCGAGCUUUUAGCUGAAACACAGCCAAGAGAAGAGCUUCUCUGACAUGCCUUUAUUUAUCCCUCUGAACACCUUCAUCAUCAUCAUCAUCAUCAUCAGAUGAUAAUCCUUAUGUGCUUUAGUUCAGUGAGUCACAACCCUAAAAUAAUCAGAUCAGUUUUGUUUGUGUGUUACAGACAGGUUUAGUAAAGAUCGGAUAUCAUUGCACAUGUGUAAACAGAAAAA